AUGAACAGUAUACAACAACGCAAAUAUGCAGGCACUUCGUCGAUUUUUUCCGUCAACUUUCUCCAAAACAACGUAACCGUUGGCAAAGCCUACACAUGCGCAGAUGAGCUGACUGUGAAUUGGGGCGACGCUGAGCUCUACAUGUGGGACAUGCACCUGCAACCAUUUGCUGAGGACUCCGGGGGAAAAUUCGGACCAGUGAAUGGUGGGGAAGCCUUGACCACGCCCCCUCCUGCCGGUAAUUGGACGGUCAAGGAUGGCUCUGGCAACCCGUGCAUGCUGCUGUCUUUUGCCGCCCAGUAUGUUGUCAACGGACAGGGAUUUCACAAUCACGUGGUCAACAUUGUGCCUUCGGCCUCUAUAAACGGCACGUGUGCCUCUCCAACUCGUCUGGUAGACUUUUUUCCAGACCCGACCAACAAUCUGUGGAAACUGGAGCUUGGCUUCACGCGGAACAAGACCACCAACACCUACGCCAUGACAAAGGUGGCUGGGAGCUGGCCUGGUUCGCCAAUGAGUAAAUACCCAUUCACCGAGACUGUAUUCUCCAAUAACUUUCUCGAAAACAACGUAACACUUGGCAAAGCCUACACAUGCGCAGAUGAGCUGACGUUGGAUUUGGGUGACGCCCAGGUCCACAUAUGGGAAAUGCACCUGCAACCGUUCGCCGGGGACUCCGGGGGAACAUUCGGACCAGAUCAACAUUGUGGUAAGGUCCCCCCGCCUCCACCUGCCGGUAAUUGGACGGUGAAGGAUGGCUCUGGCAACCCGUGCAUGCUGCUGUCUUUAGCCGCUCAGUAUGUUGUCAACGGACAGGGAUUUCACAAUCACGUCGUCAACAUCGAGCCUUCUUCCCUACCAAACGGCACGUGUAUCCUUCCGACUCGUCUCGUAGACUUUUUUCCAGACCCAACCAACCAUCUGUGGAAACUGCAGCUUGGCUUUUUUUGGAACAGUACCGACGUCACUUACACCAUGACGAAGGUGGCUGCCAGCUGGCCUGAUAGCCCAGGGAGUCAAUAUCCCCUUACCGAGACUGUUUACUCCCAUAACUUUCUCCAAAACAACGUACCACUUGGCAAAGCCUACACAUGCGCAGCCGAGCUGACAGUGGAUUUGGGAGACGCCCAGGUGCAUCUAUGGGACAUGCACCUGCAACCGUUCGCCGAUUACUCUGGGGGAACAUUCGGACCAGAGCAACGUUGUGGCUCAGGCCCAACGCCCAUGAGCGCCUCCACGAAGAGCGCCCCCAUGCCAACGACGAGUGCCCUCACGAAGAGCGCCCCCAUGCCAACGACGAGCGCCCCCACGAAGAGCAUCCCCAUGCCAACGACGAGUGCCCCCACGAAGAGCGCCCCCAUGCCAACGACGAGUGCCCCCACGAAGAGCGCCCCCACAAAAAGUCCCCACACCAAAAACGCCCCCGUUGUCAUCAUCGCCUCCUCUGUCGUUGGGGUCGUGCUAUUGGUUGCCCUGGUUGUCAGCGUUGCAUGCAUCGUGAUUCAUUACAGAAAGAGAAAUGCCAUCACAUUCGUACAGUUUGCUUAACAUUUAAGUUACAAUAAAUGUUCUUGAUGAAUGACUCGGGACAGUUUAAUAGACGAAGAACAUUCAAGGUUUUGAAAGUACAGCUCAUAGUUUACUUACGUUUUAAACAAAUCACAGGUACAUUAAUUUACGCUUAGAAUUUGUUUUCAUUUGAGCAAACAAAACAAAAUUGGACGUACUAUUUAAAUCAAUAGAGGAUAUCUUUAACAGAAGUUUUUCAGAUUUUGUUCUGUAAUAUGUAUGAUUAAAGUUAAUUUUAAAAGAAAUAUUUGUGUUUCCCAUUUGCAAUUGGUUGAUUUAAAUCCAAAGACUUAAAUUUAUACCAACCUUGAAGAGUCUGGUUGUCCUUAUGGUAGCAAGUUAUAAUUAGUCCAUUUAAACGAGUACUACUUCAUCAGUAGCGGUAAACAGCCAUUGGAAGUAUAACGGAAUGACAAUCUUGGAAGCAUAAGCAGAAAUGAAGUGAAAGCCAGAUUCUUAUCAGCUUGGAAUGAUUUUGCGUUACCCAACAAAUGUUUGACUGAAUGUGUACAACCACGUGUUAUGAUAAAUUGAAGCACCGUCUGUCAAUAAAACAUGCUACUUUCUGAAUUUCCUA